CACCCAAACGCACGAGGUCAGCGUACGUUACUCACCGUUGCCUUGAGCCACCAGGGUCAACGGAAAGCUGGAGUCCCAGACCCUGCUCGCUGGACGCCAUUCUGAACGCUCCUCAGGGACAGCUACCCAAGCAAUCGUGGGCGUCCACGCGUCCCUGUUCCUGUCCCAGCACCGAAGGGGCCUGGGCAGCCGGACCCCAGCUCGCACCCUGCGGCCCUCGCAGUCUCUGCGGGUGCACCUUAUCUACCUCAUGUUCCCGGCGCAUCUCCGCAGAGCCUCCAGAAGGUCUCCCCCGGUUGAACGUGGGGCUUUCCACAAACGCUUUCAUAUAACACCUCGGAGAUGCUACCCGAUCCACCAGGCCAAGUAUCCCAUCGGGGCACUGCCCAGGGUGUGCUGGGAUGAAGGUUACCAGAAGGUUGUCAAACGAAGGAUGGUGUGCAACCCAAUGACGGUGAGGAUCCCUCCUCCCAACAGAAAACGACUGCGCAACUUUUUCCUGUCCUCACCAGCCAGUAAUGGCCCAGACCCAUGUGCAAAGGAGCUGGCAGCUGAUGCCAACGUAGAGAGGAAGAAGAGGACUGUGGAGGAAGAAGAACAAAUAUUUCUCGAUGGUCAGAAAACCAAGAGAAGACGCAAUGACAGUAGUGGUGGUGGACAUUUGGCUGGUGAUUCCCUUAUGACCAUUAGAGCCCCUGCUUCUCAUACAACUAAGCCGGAGGCCCGGAAGAGAAGUCUCACCUCUGAGAGCUCAGAUGACUCAGUAUCAAACUCCAAAAUAAGCACACACAUAGCUGGCAUCCUUAGCUUUGGUGACCGCAAUGCCAUCAGUAGUUCAUACAGCUCGACCCUAGGCACCAGCAUCUCACAGCUGUGCAAGAGGAAUAGCUCCCCCUCCUCAAGGCCCCAGGUAUUGGAGAGGCCAGCCAAAAAAGCAAGAGAAGAGGAGCUGUGCCAACCUUCCAGUUCUUCAGCUCCAGACACAGUGUCUGAAGACAAGGUGACAGACAAGCUGUCUCAGGGGAAAAAGGCCCCAGAUACAGACACGAAGAAACAGCCAAACUCAGGGACUUUGUUGUCCAUAACUGGGAGGUCUGGAACCCGCAAACGGAAGACUCAGCUGCUGCGCCCUAGGAGAGGGGUCCCCCUGACUUUGCCUCCAGCCCCCCAGGUUGGCUAUACUGUCACUGCUGAAGAUCUGGACCAGGAAAAGAGAGAAAGGUUGCAGAGGAUUAACGAGGCCUUGGAGGAUAAGGACAAAGACAAGGCCGUCUCUAGUUCUGUCAUGGAGAAGCCACCCACCACUCAGCCUUCCCUCACAUCUACCGUGCCUGAUACAGGGCCUACUUUCUCGUCAGCCUCCCUCCCAGAUCCAGAUGCUCGCUUGCUGUUAGAGAGCUGGAAGAACAUGCAGAAUUGCAGACACACGCAGGUCUUCCCCAAACAAGCUGGAACAACCACUUCAGCCCUUGUGCCUACCAAGACUCCCAAUCUUUCUCAUGGCCCUAUAGGCACUUCAUUGCCUGGAUUGCAACGGAACAACUCUUCGGAUGCUCUCCUGGGGCCAGCACCUACAUUCUCCAGGACCCAAGUCUUUGACAUCAAGACACCUGCAGCCCCUCAGGCUGAGACACCAGCUAUAGCCCAAGGACUCCCUGCCCCACUCCCCACUACUGACCCAGGGAUGUUGUUUGUGGUGCCAUGCCACCUGCCUUCCAACCCUUCAUGCUCUGCAGCUCCUGACGUGUCUUCUGCCUACUACACAUUCCAGAUACUUUUCCUUUCUCCAAAUAGAAGUGAUAGUGGCAGUGCCUGCGUGCCUAGCCCCUCAUCCACAAUGGCAUUGGCUUCCAGCUCCACCUUCCCCACCAAGACCAGCACUACCAUCACUGGGGAUUCCAAGCCUGUCAUUGGCAGCAUAGUGCCCUCUAACUCUGUGCCUUUGUCAACUCCCUUCUUCAAGCAGCCGACCUCUACGGCCACCACUGCCCCUGUCUUCACGGGCCUAGCUACUACUACCUCCACAGUGGCUUCUGUCACUACUACCAGUUCAUCCACAGAAUCAGCUUCCAAGCCCAUAUUUGGCUUUGGGGUAAAUGGUGUGGCUAGCUCCAGUGUUUCCACUUCCAACUUGAUCCCGUUUGGGGCUGCUCCUGCCUCUGUAAGUGGAUUGCCCAAAAAUGAGAACUCUGAAUUCAACUUCCAGCAGCCUCUGCCUGUGUCUACCUUAGCAGCAGUCACCUCAUUUGGCCAGCCCCUUUGCAGUGUUACUCUGAUGACCAGCAGCAGCAGCAGCAACACUUGCACUACCACUACAAUCACUAGCUGCAGUGGCUUCCCCACCUCACUCCCCACCACACUUGCUGCCACCACCAACCAGCAGUACUUGACCUUCCCUAACAUUACCACCCCCACCUUCAACUUGCCUUUUGCCUCUAGUGCCAAGUGCACUCCCCAACCCUAUCCAGGACCCAACACCCAGCCUGCAUUUGGGGCCACACAGGAACAGCAGCAGCAGGCCACCGGCCCAGGCUUUGCCCCAAGCUCUGGCAACUCCUUCACUUUCGGAAACACUCUGGGCCCAUCUGCAGCACCAGCAUCAGCACAGACCCAGUUGGCUACGAGUGGCUCUGAACGGAUUGCGUUUGCUGGUCAGAAAGGCACAGCCUCUGCUUUACACACCUCUGCCAGUAUGCAGCCCACCUUUGGAGGCACUAGCACAGUUUCCUCUUUCAGGAUAGUAGCGUCUGGCUUCCCAGCCCCCACCCAGACCUAUACUAGGACUAGUAGUUCCACAUUUGGCAGGUCCACUCCAUCUCCUUUCACAUUUGGGGACUCAGCAGCCCCAGCUGGCAGUUGGAACUUAGGGCUGGAUGCGGCCACCCCAGGCAACAGCAAUAACUCUGGAGCAUUCAGCUUCAGAGCCAGACAGAGUAGGAUCUCCACGCCCUUUGGGGGUGGGCGACUGCAGCCUCAUCUUCGGAACGUCCUUAAACCCAACCAAGGAUUCCUAGGCAUCCAACCCUUUGGAUCAGCAGCCCCUUCAUUUGCCGGUGGUACAGGGUCCAAGAAUCCAGGGCCUCGACAGAUUCUACAGGCACGAAGGCAGCAUUCUCGCAAGAAAUAGCAUGUUCCUGUCCUCCCUCCCUGCACCUCCUCACACAAAUCUGGGCCUCACAACCUAUCAGAACCUCUGUCCUUCAAGUUCCUUAAAAAACUAAGUCCAGAUCUAUAGCUUCAGCCAUGUACUUCCUGGAGGAAGCAGGUACCUUGGUAAGUGGUAGGAGAAGCCCAAGUUGGUACCUUUACUCAGGUGAAACUGAAGAUCUAAAGAACAUCUGUCCACAUCAUCCACUUGUUCCCCAGACUUUUGUGUAGCAUGGAACUAGUUUAGCCAGGCCCCUCCCAUUCCAGAGAGCUGUCAUUACUGACACAUAUGGGGUCUAUCCCUGUGAUCUCUAGUGUGCAUUUAGUGGAAUGGGGAAGUGGACCAACCCUAAGCUUUACCUGCUUGCUUGGUCUAUAAGAACCCAUCCUCUAUCUCCUCAGGCAUUCUCAUGUCCUAUUUUUGCUCCUUUAUCCUCUUGAGUCAUCUGUAGGAUUUGUUCCUAUGUGACCAUGAAUCUUGCCUUGCCUUACGAACCUCAGUGGUUCUGCUCCACCACCUCCUGCCCAGGCUCAGAGCCCUUGAAUCCAGUAAAGAAACUCCCAGAGCU